UAGAAUAGUUCAGUUCAGCAGCAGUUCAGCGUCAUGAUGGCCAAAGUGGUGGUCUGUGUGUUCCUCACCUGCGUGUUUGUGCUCUGUAGCACCGCCCCAGUGGAUGUGCACGGUGGAUCCGACGAGAAGUGCCCACUGAUGGUAAAGAUUUUGGACGCAGUGAAGGGCAUUCCUGCUGGAUCCGUGGCGCUCAAAGUAUCUCGCCAGGGAGCCGACGGGGCAUGGACACAGGUCGCCAACGGGGUGACGGAUGCGACGGGUGAAGUUCAUAACUUGAUCACAGAUCAGGAAUUUACAGCUGGUGUGUAUCGCGUGGACUUCGACACUAAAGCCUACUGGAAGGCCGAGGGUCGCACGCCUUUUCACGAAGUUGCCAGUGUGGUGUUUGAGGCACAUGCUGAGGGACAUCGACACUAUACACUGGCCCUGUUACUGAGUCCCUUCUCCUACACCACAACAGCAGUGGUGGUUAACGCACACCAGUGAAUGAAGACAUGAACACACACACGUACACACACACACACACACACACACAGGUUAUACACUGUUCAAGAACUGAGGCAGGAGGUGAAGUUUUCAACUAUAAACUCUUUUUAAUGAUCAUUACAGAGCAUAUUGCAGUGAACAGACCAGUAGAACAGAAACAUCCGGAACCAGGACUGUACACGUCAGUCAAAGCAGCCAGCAUCACAGGAAAACUCUGCUUCUGACACUGAUGUUACAGUAAAUGUGGACCCUCAGAAACAGAGACAGAGAGGAAUGGUCCUCCUUUCAGUACCAACUUGUCAUCCAGAGGUCUACAGACAUGGCUCCUGAUGAAAAUUAAAACUUUUAAAAAAUAA